UAAUACAAUUAAUGUUGGUACGAAUUCGCGAUAUGACAACACAUCAGAGCAUAGAAAUUGAAAGAUCCACGAAUCAAUUCGGACCAGUGUUAAGCAUAAAAUAUCUUCUUAAAAAUGCCUGUUAAUAGUGGAGUAUCGUUUGUGUUAUCAUCAAUUUUAACAGUUCUUGUAUUUUCGGGGAUGCAAAUAUAUAAAACUUGGCUGGCAUCAUCACAGAUUUAUACGAUACUAGGAGGAUAUAUUGGAUCAAUAUUAUUUAUAUGUGUAUUAACUGCAAUAGGAAAUUUAGAAGCAACAAUGUUUGGAAAAUCUUUUCAACAGAAGUUGUUUCCUGAAGUCAUCUUUUCACUAAUAAUUAGUUUAAUUGCAUCAGGUUUGGUGCAUCGUGUGGCAACCACAACAUGUUUCUUAUUUUCUAUGAUAGCAUUGUAUUAUGUCAAUCGAAUUUCCCAAGAAACAUAUACUACACCAGUACCUACUGUAUCAGUACAUACUAAAAAAAGGAAGUAAAGGAACUAUAAGAGCUCAAAAUGAUCUUUGUACCAUAUCAUUAUAGUUUAA